GUGAAAGAUGCUGGCCGGGAGGCCCGGAGCCUGCAGCGCUGCCGCGGGACUGGGCACUGAAUCCUCUGACACCCGCGUCAGAGCCCCCCUCAGUCCUCGGUUGAGCGGCGGGCGUCGCCGACCUGACGCUUACCUAGAUAUGAAAAUCCAUUUAGAGAAAAAUUUAGAAGAAGAACGCCAAAUAUUACUGCAGCAACAGAAAAUAUGUCGAAAUCGAGCUCGUAAAUAUUUUGUGGAGUCAAACCGGAGAAAAAAAGCUUUUGAGGAAAAACGAAAAGAACAAGAAGAAAGAGAAUACCAAAUCAGAGAGCAAAUACUUCAACAGAGAAAACAGAAGUUUGAAGAAGUUACUGAAAAAUUCCAGCGUGCCCAUAUUCCUCUUUCACAGCGGAGGAGAGCAGUUUUUCAAAAAUCAGUUCCUCCAUUAGAAGAGGCCCUCAAACAAAUUCAGGAAUCCAACUUAAAAUCAGAAGCAAACCUUCCCUCUUCACACAGACCCAUAAUAAAUUGGAGACCUAUAGAUAAUGUCUUGCCUUCAUCAUUGUCCAAAAAUGAUCACAAGCAUCAGAAACAUCUCAUAUCCAAAAUCAAUUGUGAUAAAGAAAUGAAGGAAAACAGCAAGGCAAACUUGGCUUCUAACAAAGAUGCAUUCCAGCUUAAACUGGAGGAAACUCAGAAACUCCUAGAAGAUCAGCAUCUAAGCAGUUUGCAAAAAUUUCGUGAUGAAGUUAAUCAGAUAACAAAUUCUGAAACCCUCUCAAGUAUAGACAGUCUUGAGGCUGGGGAACAUGAAGAAAUAUAUUUAACAGUUAAUAAGGAACCUUCCACAUCAAUCCAGCAGCAGAAUUCUAUUUCCCCCAAAUCAGCAAAUCUGCAAUCAACUUAUCUAAGCUGCUUUGAUGAAGAUAAGCUGUCAUUCUCUAAAACUCAUCAUAUAAAUAAUUGGCUUACAAAUUUAGAUGAUCCAAAUACUCAGACUGUCACACCUUUCUCAGAUAUUUUAAGUAAACCUAAUGUUGCACCAUCCUGUAAACACUUCAAUAGUAAAGAACAAAAUCCAUCUGCUCUGAGUAGGACUGUAGAAAGAGCCACAAAUACUGCUAAUAAUUCAGUAGUCUUUGUAUAUAGUCCACCCAUAUUUGUACAAGAUGAAAAAAGCAAAAAGAUCUCUGAAACUAGUGCUGUGAGGACAACUGACUCUUCUGGAACAUUCAAAAGAGAGAGACCAUUGGUUGCUGAGAGCCCAGCAUUUAAGUUCAGCAAAGCCUGGGCCACUCCAGAUUCUCUAACCCAGGAAAUGGCAGCAACUUCAGACCAAGAGAAAUAUUCUGAAUUAACUCAAGAAAAUAGAACUGCUUCAGUUUCUGCUUCAUUUGUACCUGUGGCAACGCCUUUAGUUUUGCCAUCUGAUACACAAUCAGCUAGGCCCUUACCAAAGAAUUGUAUACAUAUAAAAGAAAUCGACCCGGUACAGUGUUCUGAUAAGUUAGGGGAAUUGAAAGACAUUAAAGACGAAAAGAUAAAAUAUUUUACUUGUAGUAAGGAAGAGCUGCCUUUAUUUUCAGAUAAUUUUCAAUCUGCCUGUGUACCUUACAACUCUGAUUCAAAAGAUAAAAAACAGAAAAUAGGUGAAACAGCAACUUCAUUGUCUAAUAUAAUUUCUAAUUGUGACUUAGUUGGUCAGCACAAGAAAAUGAAAUACAAUAUUCAUGAGAGAAAUGGUGUGAGGUUUCUUAAAAGUAUCUUAAAGAAAGAAUCUAAAUACGAACAUGAUUAUUUUAAGGCAGUAGUUACGAACCAAGGCUUUAAGUUAGGAAAUCAAAAAGCAGCAGGUAUCAGAGAUAGUAUUGAGUUAAGAAAAGAAAAAGGGAAAAAUGAAGAAAUUCCAAAGACUAUUAAAAAACUGAGAUGGUUUGAUGAAACUGGAGAUACAGAAAAAAAUGCUGAAGAUAGUCAUUCACUGAAGACUAGAAUAGAAAUAUCUCAACAGUGCUCUCAACCAUUACACAUUCAAUCUAAAAAUGGUGCUGCCAGCAAUAUAACUAGUAUUCCUGCUUCUACUGUAGAUGCUGCUGAUAGAAAAAAGCCCAAGGAUAAUUUUAUCUCUGAAAAUGUUGCUGCUUUAGAAGGAUCUGGAACAGACCAUGUGCCUUUGAACUGUUUUGUACCUCCAGGUUAUAACAUUGCUAAACAAGCCUGGCCAGACUCAAAAAAAGAGGAAAGUAAAUCCCUUGUAAAUAAUGGUGAUUCUAAAAUUCAGAAAGCUAAACCACAAAGAGGAGGAGCAAAAGUAAUUAGAAGAACAAAAUCUGCUAAAGUCCAGUCAGGCUUUAUAUAUACGAACAGAAAAGGCACUGUUAUUCGACCACAGUCUGCGAGCAAAGCCAGCACAUUUUUACAAGCUCAGGGUAAAUUAAUACCUCAUCCUCCUCCGAAAUCUCCAUUAAAUAUUAGGAGUUUCAAAAAUACACAAGUAUCCCAUUGUCAAUCAGUAAUGCCUGAAAAUUCUCAAAACAUCAGUAUAUAUAACUAUUUUAAUUCAAAACCUAUGCUUCCAACAGAACACAAGUUGAAUCGGUGGAAUCAAGAAAGUAGUCUUCCACUCUCGCAUGUUUGUUCUGACUUAGUCACUGUGAUACCAUCUUUACCAUAUUGUGCUUCUGAGUGCCACACUUUAAUAAAAAUAAAUCAUUCAAAUGGCAAUCAAAUGGUUGCCCAGCAAGAUGGGACCGUAUUUUGCACCCAGAGAUGCCCAACAUAUGAAGAAAAUCAUCCCUCUGUGACUCUUAAAACUACUAAAGAAGAUGUUCCCUUGUGGAAAAGACAGCAUAAUAUUCUGGGUCAAAGUGAAAAGGCUGCUGAUUCUGCUGUUACAAGAAGAAAACGAAUUGUUGAAAAUAAGCAGAGAAAUCUUUUAGAGCAAAAAAGACAAAACUCUGGAUCUGUAGGACAGACAUACAGUGAGCAGAUGAAUAAUUUUGGACAAAGUGUCCAGCUAAGUUCAAGUGAGCCAAAACAAACCACAAGGGGUACUUCUAAUAUUGAAGAAGUUUCAGGCAGUACUUCUGAAUUUUUGAUGGCUGAGAGCCUAGUGAAAGCUUCAGUGCCUGAGGAUGAAAUUCUAACUGUCAUGAAUAACAAGCAGCUACCGAAGCCAAACCUGGCUUUAAAUAAGACCCAACGAUUUAACAUCUGUGCACUAUCAGCUGAAGAACAGAAAAUCCUACAGUCCCUUAAUCGUCUCAAUGAAAGGUUGUACUGAAAUUGCUAAAGGAUAAAUGUGAACUAUUAUGAGAACAUAAAACCCCUGGAAGCUACAAACACAAGAAGAGUUCACACUACUCCCAAAUUCUUUGUGAACCUACACUGUGUUCAUGAGAAAAAGAGGGAGCACCACAGGAGACCAGAGAAAUCCUCCCUCAGUGGUGCAGACCUGGAAAAGGGGAGCAGUCACAACUGUAGGAAAGGUAUGAAGUCCCAUGCAGAACCUUCUCUCCUACAGGAUAAAGGUUAUAAGGUACUGGGUCAGAAGCAACAAACUUCGUAACUGCCCCCAGAGCACAAGUGAAGACUUAGUGGGGGUAGGAGAGGUAAAGGAAAUAAGCUUCUACUCUUGGAGAAGAGAGAAGAAGGACGCAUGGGCCCAGAUCAUUAGAGAUAUCCCUCUGUUGGAGGAGGGGCACAAAUUGUCUUAUACAAAACCACCAAAGAUAUAAGGCAAAGUUUACUGCCAUGGGAAGGAGGAACAAGAUGACUAAGGCAUAGAGGACAUACCUAAGACUCAGAUUGGACCAGGACAAUGGAAAAACUCCCCUAUUCCCCCAUCACAAGGCCAGCAAGUACCAAAUAACAAGCAAUAGAAAUUAUCUGGAGAAAGGCAAGAGAAUAGAGAGAGUCUCAUAUUGUGCAGAUACACAGGAAAGCAAAAAAGGAAGGCUGAAAGCAGAACAGGAAAAUUGAAGGAAUAAAAAACCUCCAUGAUGCUACAGAAGCACAAAAUAACACUAGAGGAUUUUGAAACCAUUGAUGUACUGAAGGUAACCAUAGCAACAGUAAAACCCAAACCUAACUCAAUUCCUAAGUUGUUUAACUACACACACACACACACACACAAUCUGUCUUUGUCUGAUAGAAAAGACAUAAUGGGCAUAAUAGAGUAUAUGCCCAUUUCUAGGCACAUACUAUUUAUCCCGAUAUCCAUUAUUCGAGUCCAACCUUUAUCCAUAAGUCCACUAAAAUUUAUGAGACAAAAAAAAAAAAGCAAGGGAAAAAACUCACUGUCAAGGGACAAAGUGAGCAACAGACUGAGACACAGAAAUGACCUAGACCUUUGAACUAUCAGAUAGUACUUUUAAAUAACUAUGACUAAUAUGUUGUAGUGGAAAAGGUGGACAACAUGGGAGAGACUACAAGUAUAAAGAGAUAAAGACUUUCAGCUGACACUACUCAGCCAUAAAAAAGAACAAAAUAAUGCUAUUUGCAGCAACAUGGAAGGAACUAGAAACUCUCAUACUAAGUGAAGUAAGUCAGAAAGGGAAAGACAAAUACCAAAUGAU